CGCGAGGGCGGGGGCUUGCGGCAGAUCGCUGGAGAGCUGGGAGCUGUCUGCGUCCGCGGCGUAAGUCAAGGUUUGUUUGGAAGGGGCGACGUUGCAGGAACCCUCCAGGCACCUCGUCCGUUGUUACCGCUCUUGCUCCCAGCUGGCAGCUCCCAAGACGCGGCGGCCAGCACCAGAAGCCAGAACAGAGUUGAGAGCUUGAGGUUGUUGGGAGCAGGCUGGCAUGUGUGCUCGUUCUUAAGAACACAACAUUGCACGCUGGUCGUAUCUUCGAUCCCCACUCACAUCUCCAUCCAUCAUGAUGGGCCGGUGUGCUCGCCCCACUUGGGAAAGCGGCGACUGGUCCAGCGCCUCGUCGAUGAGCUCGGCGCCCAGCUCGGCCUGGGAGUCUGAGGCCUCUUCGUCUGCGUCCUGGCCCACCUCUAUCUCGAGUUACUCAUCCUACUCUGAAUAUCUGGAGAUCUCGCACUGGAGCGACUCCGAAGACGAAGACGACGAUGGCACGGCAACGGAGCACGACUGGGACGCCAGCUCUAUUGUGACCGACGAGAUCGAGCUUGAGACUGCCGAGCAGCUCUUCCUCUCCUUUAUGGCCUCCAUGGCCGACCUCCUCAAGAAGGAGCAACGACCAACACCAGCACCCACCCGACCCCUCUCCUACGCCCAUCCCCCACAGACAUCAUCACCGACACCUACAGAGUCUCUAGACUCUCCCAAUUCCUCUCCACCCCGGCCCGCCGCCAUUCCCCACUCCAUCUCUAUGCCCCUCCCCAACACGGAGCCAGCGCCAUGGCACGCGCCGCGGGGCUCGACCCCUCCGCCGCAGGGAGCGAAGGAGGAGGACUUCAGCGUCGCCCUCGCACGCAUGGGCGACUGGGAGGCACGGCACGCCGCCUCCGUUGCCGCAGCUGUGUAUAGGCGGCAUGCAAACCUCGCAGGCAUCACCGAGGACCCCGAGUGCGAACGCUGGGCCGCUGAGCGCGGGCGCAGACGCCAGGGCGUCGUCGGCACACUCCCGCUCGGGCUGGGCCUGGGCGCGCCCGACGCCGGCGUCCAAGUCAGCGUAGUGGGGAAGGGCAUCGCGCACUGCGCCGAGAAGCGCGGCGGGCUGCUGCACCGCUUGCGCCGGAGCUGGAGGCGAUAGUGUCGCAGGCCGUAUAGUUGUACAUGCAUCAUAAUCACAC